UGUGAACAGGACCAAAUCCUACAAGCAGUACUUCAAAAGGGCAAUGCCUAUCGAGAGGCCCAUGGGAAGGAUGUAGUGGAAUAAAAGGUGUUUGCAUCCAUAGGGAAAGAUGCAGUCACUUUCCAUCACUGAGCCUCUGUAGGUUUGAGGCUCCUUUCUCAUGCCUCAGCUGGGAGUCAAGCAGAAAGUAGUUUGCCACCUCCCUCUUCUGCACUGAGGUCUGUCACUUCGCUCUUCCCAAGAGUGCCAAUUCUCCCUUCAGAUUUUUCCUGGGUGCCGGAAAUCCACCUCCCUUCUUCUUCUCUUCCAAGUUGCUAUACUUCCAAGUCCUUAUCCUCCAGUGUCUGGACUCCGAAUCUUGCAGAGGCUGAUUUGCUGCUGGUCAGCACUCUGACAUCUUCCUAGAAGUCCUCUAUAUUUUUCUUAAAUAUUUAUUUUAAAAUCCGUUCUGAAUUGAUCCAUUAUAUGAUGUUGAUAACGAUUGAAGUUUUUCCUCUUUUUUUCAGGAUGACUAAGCAAAAGUUCUUGAUUUGCUGAAAAUGUUUUUGCUUUCGCUCCACACACUCUCACGUCUUAACUUCUCCUCCAGGUUAAUACUGCCUUACCCAUCAAAUAUGCUGAGAAUCCUCUUCAUCUCUUCCUUCCUGAGAUCUUCACAAUCCCACAAGAGCACAAAACCAUAGUUACUUUUGGUGUCAACUCUCUACAAGAGCCGUGUUUCUCAGAGGAAUAACUGUCAUCACAACUUCAGACAUUUUAGAGGAAAUGACAAAAGAGCUUCGAUGGAUUUGGCCAUAGGAAUGAUCUUCUUGUCACAGACUUCCAUUGGAAUCCUAGGAAAUUCCUUUCUUCUUUGUCAUUAUUUUUUACUUUACUACAAAAAAAGCAGGUUAAGGUCCACAGAUUUGAUUCUCAGGCACAUGUUUAUAGCCAACUCUUUCAUUAUUCUUUCUAAAGGACUACCUCACACAAUGGCAGCCUUUGGGUUUAAAAAUUUUUUCAAUGAGAUUGGUUGCACUUUUAUCUUGUAUAUCCGCAGAAUAGGUAGAGGUAUGUCAAUUGGUACCAUCUGCCUCUUGAGUGUAUUUCAGAGAAUCACAAUAAGCCCCAUGAACUCUUGUUGGAAAGAUCUUAAAGUAAAAGCUCAAAAGUACAUAGGCUUCCUCAUUAUCUCUUGCUGGACCCUACAGAUGGUGGUCAAUUUAAUUUUUCCUCUGUAUGGAUUGUACAUGUCUGGAGAGCAGUAUGGCAGAAACAUCACAAAGAAAAAAGAUGUGGGACACUGUCAAAUUGUAGACUACGGGACAGUCCUGGACUUAGUCUAUACAGCAUUAAUAUCAUUCCCAGAAUUUUUUUUUUCUGUGCUCAUGAUCUGGACCAGUGGCUCUAUGGUUUUCAUUCUGUACAGACACAAGUGGCAGGUCCAACACAUUCAUAUCACAAAUGCUUCCCUCAAAUGCCCUGAGGCCAGAGCCACCCAAAGCAUCCUUCUUCUGGUGAUCACCUUUGUAUCUUUUUACACACUCUCCUCCAUCUUUCACCUUUCCAUAGCUCUUUUCUAUAAUCACAGUUUUUGGUUGAUGACCACAUCUGCAUUAAUUUCUGUGUUUUCCGACUAUUAGUCCCUUUUUUGUCAUGAGCCAAGAUUCCUCUAUAUCCAGGAUCUUCUUUGUAGGGGUAAGAAACAAAAUCCCUUCCAAUCUUGUCAGAAAUAUAUAAAUUAUAUGUAUUGGCAGCACUUCCAGUUGUUUAUUCCUCAUUGCUUUUUAAGAGGUAACACAGAAAUGCAAGGACAGGCCAUGCAUUUUUCCAUAGGUCAACUAAUGGGUAUUUCAGCUUGGUGAAUGCCAGACUUAACAUGGGAAUAAUGGGCAUGAGAAGAGCAGAUGAGCUCAAUUCUGGUGCACAGCUAUCUGCCCAUAGCUAUCUGAAUCAAAUGCUUCUGGAGGCAAUUUAAAUGGAUUUAGUCCUAGUAGAUGUAUUGAUUAAUCAAAAUAUUUUACUAAAUCCCUUGGUUAUGGAAACCUUUGACAAAUGUGAAUACAAUAAAGAAAUGGGUAGAAAACUCCAUUGAAAGACAAUUCUCUAUGUAUUUCCUGUAUCUAAUGGGCAGAUGCAUGUGCAGAUCUUGCCUUUUACUGUUUUUCAUGGUUGUCCAGAUGAAGAAAGUGUCUUGGAUGAUAGGGAAAAUGUCAAUAUUUAACUCAGAAAGUGUAUUUGCUUACUAUAUAUGGAAACAAAACUCCAGCACAGCAAGAGCAAUAUCCAACAUGACGAGAAUUUUUGGAGACCCACAGAAAAAGUGAUGCAACAAAAGUCUCCAUAUCCUCAAGAUCCAUCAAAAAAGUCCUUAGAAUGAAGUAGAAAACUUUCUUUCAAAAGUUGAACAAGGACAUGGAUCAUGUAGGGGCUUCACUUAACAUAUCAUGGUUGUUGUCUGCUGAUGUUCUGGUAACUACUUUCUUUUAAAACACCUUCUUCAUAACUCAGUGCCAAAGCAUCUCUUCCCAUUGACCAUGCCCAAAAUAACCUGCCUGCCUUUUUGCCUCACUGCCUCAUUCCCAGACUGCAGCUAUUCUUAUUCUUAUGGACUCCUUAUGGUGUCCAGGUGUUAGGUACUCUGGUGAGGACAGAAGGAGCACCUGGGUGUAUUUGCUCCCUGUGCCACAAAUAUCCAGAAUAAGAAUGCUGUCCAUACCGAAAGCACAGAUGACAGAAGAGGAUGAAAUGAGGAGAGAAUGAAGGGAAGAAUGUGGAAACGGGACCUCCUGAUCCAGAGGGAGAAUCUGCAUUAGACACAGAUGAAGCAGAAAUCUUUGAUCUGCCUGUUUUGCAUUCAUAUGAAGCAUGGGGCUUCAUAUUCUACAGAGAAAAUAGCUUGCCUUAGCUCAUGGUUGGUGAGUUUGAGAGCACGCACUUGUAUCUUGUCAGUUCUUGAGGGUCCCCUCUCCAUCACAUGAUGGGAGAUAUUAUGGCAAGAGACAAAGAUCACAGGUUAGACAGAAAUCAAGAAAGGUAGAGGAUCCAGAGUUGUUCUUUUAUAACAACCCUCUCGUGACAACUCAACUGGACCCCAUAAGAGCUACCAUAAUCAGUAAGCCCAGGUGCCCCACAUGAUCUAAAACCCUGUCGGGAGCAAUGCUACAUAAUUUUAGGGAAAAAUCGUUUGAUUUGGCCUAGUUCUCCUGCCUAC